GGUCCGCUUCCAGCCGCACGCCCCCUAGCGGCGGGCGCCGGGGUUGCAGCGGCCGAUUUAAACCGAGUGAAUGAACUGACAGCGCGCAAAGGGGGUACAGGUGCGCUGGCGGCAGGGUGGUGUAGCCUGCAUCCGACAGCAUGGGGAUUAAAGCCAAGCGCGUUGAUUUUGAAUGGGUGUACACCGAUCAGCCUCAUACGCAGAGAAGGAAAGAAAUGUUAGCAAAGUAUCCUGAGAUCAAGUCACUAAUGGGACCAGACCCCAAUCUGAAAUGGAUUGUGUUUGGAAUGGUUCUUACACAGACCAUUGCCUGCUACUUUGUGAAAGAUUUGCCUUGGAAAUGGAUUAUCUUCUGGGCUUAUGCUUUUGGAGGUGCUGUCAAUCACUCGCUAACCCUCGCCAUCCAUGAUAUUUCUCACAAUGUUGCAUUUGGCAAUAAGCUAGCAAAAUGGAAUCGAUUGUUUGCAAUAUUUGCUAAUCUCCCUAUUGGAAUGCCUUAUUCUGCAUCAUUCAAGAAAUACCACAUAGAUCACCAUCGAUACCUGGGAGGCAAUGGCUUAGAUGUUGAUAUUCCAACCGAUAUUGAGGGAUGGUUCUUUUGCACUCCAAUUCGCAAAAUCAUUUGGCUUAUUCUCCAACCACUUUUUUAUGCACUUAGGCCUCUUUAUGUUAACCCUAAACCCAUCACAAGACUGGAAGUAUUAAAUGCUGUGGUGCAGUUUGCAUAUGACUUUCUCAUCUACUACCUGUGGGGCUUGAAGCCUAUAGUAUACCUGAUAGCUGGCUCAUUCCUGUGCAUGGGUAUACAUCCAAUUUCCGGACAUUUUAUUGCUGAGCAUUACAUGUUCCUUAAAGGUCAUGAGACCUAUUCGUAUUACGGGCCUCUGAACUGGGUAACCUUCAAUGUCGGAUACCAUGUUGAACACCAUGACUUCCCCAGCAUUCCAGGCAGCAAGCUACCUCUGGUGAAAGAGAUUGCUCCUGAGUACUAUGAGAACCUGCCCCAGCAUACAUCCUGGGUCCAUGUGCUGUGGGACUUCGUUUUUGAUGACAGCAUUGGUCCUUACUCCAGGAUUAAAAGGGAAUGCAAGCUUGUGAAGGAUGAUUGAGGGGAACAGAAAUAGAGAAGAAAAUCCUGUAAUUCCUGGCAAUCAGAAAUGAAAGCAAAAAAAAAUCUGCAAUAAAUUAGCUUCAACCAUUGCGUGAAAAGACAUCUCAACAAUUAGACUCAAUAUUUACAUGAACUAACAGUUCUUUUAAUAUUCAAGUUAAAUAAUCUGCUGUAUGAUGUCACAAAAUUAUGAUAUUAAAUAAGGUCAUUGAAUUACAAAUAUUUUUAGCACCAUUCAAAAUAAUUCUGAUUCUGAUCCAGUUGUUGAGCACUGCUUAAGCACUGAAAUAUUUUAGGUCCAGUUUUUCAUUUUGGGAAAACUUUGGCUUCACACCAAUAUUGAGUCAAGAUGUGAACAGACUCCAAAAUGAACCAGAAUUCUGCUUACCCCUGACUAGUGUCCUCUGUGAUUCUGAGGUGAGGCUUGGUUUCUACUGCAACGUUGCUGUGAACUGCUAAUAACGCUACAAAUCUUGUGCAGAUGCACUGUUAGACAGUGAAAUAACAUCUUUCAGUUAAGGUAUAGACGCUGGGCGAUGCAUGUGUUAUUUGAAUAAAGUUUCCCCAGAGAGGGGAGUUGCUUUAUUACUGCAAUAUCAAACCCUGUCUUUUCUCUCUCAUAAAAUCACCAAGUCCAAAGAGUCCCAUAAUCAGAUUGGGUCAACUUAUCUUUAUUAAAUAUAUCAACGUGGUGUUCAUUGUAUUCACUGAGGUCCAGUAAUAAAUGAAUGAAUAACUCAUUCUCCACAGCAAAAAUAAUUAAAGUUAGGCUUUAGAAAUUUGUUGCAUUUAAUAAUAUCUGCAAUUGUUUUAAAAACUGCUGUAAAUUGGCAGCAGGUAAAGUAGUGUGGAAAAAAUGUAGGGGCCAUUUGUUAUUCUACAGUCAUAAUGCAGUUAGGAGUGAUUAUCUGUACUGAAGAUGCUGAUAAUCUGGAAUGCCUCCAUUCCUACUUUAAAAAUACUCAUGUCCAAUUAACAUAAAUGAGGAUCUGUAGUUUUACAAAUUCUCUGUAUGCUGUAACAUGUGAAAAAAAUUUAAAGUGGCAUAUUUCUUGUCAUUAAACCAUCACCUUUUGCUCCCGUGCGUAUCUUAAUAACUAAAAUAUGUUUAUAAGCAUCUGGUCCUUCGUAAAAAGAAAAUGGAUCACCUAACUUUACUCUGUUCCCGGAGUUUUAAGGAGCAUAAGCUUGUGUACAGAUUUAGAGGUGAAGCUCCAGUUAUAUUUCAUAGGCUCCAAAACCAAAUUUAAUUUAAAUAUCAUAGAUGAAGCAAUCAUUGGAAUUUGCUUGAGUUAUUACAAAAUAUGCAAUCAGAUUCAGCUAAAAUUUCACUCCUUUCACUACCAUCAGAUAAUGAGAUUUCUCUUGAUACUGCUUUCACAGAUAAAAUUAUAUUAUUAUCAUUUUUAAAGUGGUAAUUUAUUUCACUAACAAAUAGCAGUACAAAUAUAGACAAAUAUAUGACAAUAGCUUUAUAGAACAUUUCAUUAUGCCUAAAUACAUGUGUAUAUGAAGUUUGUAAUCAAAACUUGAACUGACCUGCUUGUGUUUGUAAUUUUAUUUUACAUUUCGCUCAGUGAGAAAGAACUUUUUAUGACAACAAUAUUAACAGCUGAAGCUUUGACAGGUAGAGUCUGAAUGAUAAUGCUUCAGCAUGUUCAGGUGUAUUUUGUUUCUUUCUGAUAGUAAUCUAUUGCAAUAAUGACACUUCAAGCUAUCUUUUUGUCUGUGGGGGGGUGACUUUGAGAUGUAUGAAUAUAUGAACAGUGGAUUUCUACCUUAAUUAUGUGGACCUUGGGGAAAUGCUGCUGCCUCAAGUCAGUUUUACCCUGUGUUCUAAAAGACACUGUGGUGUUCUGAUGUCAUGAGGGCAGCGUGCAUUUCUUUGUAUAGUACAGGUCGGAUAGCUCGUCCUGAAUCAGCAGACAUGAUGCUUUGUAAGUUAGCUGUGAUCCUAAAUUGUCAUACUUUGUUUAUAUGUAUAAGUUUAUAAGAUUGGUCUGCAUUUAUUUAUCAUGCCUGAUGAUCCUUGUUGGUGAGGGUGAAUUAAAAGUGAAGAAGUGUGUGUCAUAAGUAGUGAGAAUCAAAUAUAUCCAAGUCAGAAGAAAGAUUUCAUAAAUUUCAGCUAAGAAAUGAGACAGCAGAAAUGUUUUAAUAUGUUAGUGGACUAUUAUCCUACCAGCAGCCUUGUAGAAGUAUCUCUUUGUAGUUCGGGUUACAGCAAGCUGGCUUUACUUUUAAAAUUGCUCUGUGGGUGGAUAACAUAGAAAUCUCUGUGCUCUGAUCAGUUGAUGAGUUGUAUCGACGGCAGCUACGGAAUCAGACCGUGACCUAUCCGAGCAUUUGGUACUUCUCACAUCCUUGCGUAGAAAGUAAGCAGUGUCUCCCACGAUGAAUGCAUGUCACUUCCUGUUCUAUUUAAUACAUUAGGUAGGUUAAGGAUUGUUAAAAUUGCAGUUACAGUGGGUUAAUGUGAAUGCAAUUAAUGAAGUUUUAAACAAUAAUGCAGUGAGGCAAGACAACCCAUAAUGCAAAUUCUGAUCAGUUAUGUAAUUAAGAGCAGAAUGCUCCCCUGAAUAAAAGGAGUUUGAAUAUUGUUUGCUUUAAUAGUUUCAAAUGCUAGAGAAGUGUUUACAUUAUAAUAUCAGGAGUAGAUUACAGCUUUUAUUUAAAGAGCUGACUGAUGGUAGGAUUGGAUUCAAUCUGCUGGAAGGGCCCUUUUCUCUCUCAUUUGUGAGUUCCUUGGUGUAGAUAAAUCAUUCAUUGGACAUGAUUUGAGCCCCAAAUUAUUCUAAAUGAAUGCACCAAUGGUCUCAUUCAGAAGAGUCAUUGCUAUUCAUGUAGGCAGCCUGUGUCACAGGUAAUGAGAAUGUAAGACAACAGAACAAGAAGGAUUAUUUUGCAAAUUGCUGCUCCAGAUCCCAGGAAAACUAAACAGCCACAAAUAUCAACAUGGUUUUAUUAAUAUACUGACUGGCUGCUAUACUAUUUUUAGCUUUGUCGAAGACUACAGUAGUCCUGGCUAUUUCAAGCUUGACUUGAGUUUCAAUACCCAAGGUUGACUGAUACAUUAAUUAGAGUUGUUCUAGCAUUUGAGUAAAUGUUUUUGAAAGUGAAUAAUAUGUGGCUCUUCGAUAAACAGAAGAUAAUGCACUCCAAAACAGAAUUAAUAGGCCAUCACAUUAGUACAGGUUAGCUCUUCUGGGUUAGUGGUAUAAGAAAGAUAAAAUUCAUUUUACACCUAAAUCUGAGGCAAUGUGAUGAUUAGAGAUGGCAAACAGCAGAAAUAAACAUUGCUAAGGCCUGGUAGAUAAAUAUGCACUGUAUAGCUGACACACAGAAUAAAAUAAUUUAAAACGGUUUAGCUAGUGUAAAGAAAGAAUGGUGUACGUUUACGUACUCUGACACGGCAUCAAUACCCCUCAGACUGAGUGGCAUGAAAUUCAGUACAUUAAAAAUAAAAGCUUUCCUAUUCCCCAGAACCUGUUAGUUAAUGGAAGUGGCUCCAUUCAGAGAUAAUUUAAUUGAGUUCUUCAUUUCAUGAUGAAUUAACUGAGCUUUGAUCUUAAUGGUAUUUAUGCCAUCUCAACUUUCCAAAUAGGUUAUUUUCUUAUCAUCUUUCUCACUGAUUCAUUUGCAUAGCUAUAAAAUUCUGUACUUGAGGUAAAGAAUUACUUAUAUGAUGUGGUUGGUACCCAUAAUGAGGCCCAAACUCUCAAUAAAUCAAUUAAAAUAGUGUGCUUACUGGUUGUCAAAAAGGAUACAGUGGUAAAAUGUUUUAAGAAAUCAAUUUAUUUUUAAAAUAAUUAUUCUAUGACAAUACUGGAAGAUCCUAAUCCAUUCUGCUUGAAAUAUUAUCGUUUAUUUGCCUGACUUUGGGAUUGAUGAAGAUUAGGCUGUUACUUAAUAGAACUGUCUGCAUAUGUAUGUAAGGGGGCCACAUGUAAAUAGAUACAAGAUUUAGCCUUGAUCAGUUAUGUUUAUUUGUGGCAAGUCCUGACCAGCCUAUUAAAUGGAGCAUUUCAUUUAAGAAAAUUAAAUGUGUUCUCUUAGUCACUUUUGGAGAUUAUGUGGAAAUAUUUUUGAGUAUAUUUUUCCUAUCAUGUAAAUACUAUUUCUAAAAACUGCUCUGAUAUUAAAAUGUGAUUUAUCUUUAAAGUUAGGUUGUUUCUCUAAAAUUUAUUUUGGAAAUUAUGUAGAUAAAGACUUUCAGUACUAUUUAAUUUGAAAGUUUUAAAAUUAAUGUUGAAAUUCAAAUAAAAUUGAGCACAAAUUGCUUACACAAUGAGUUGUCU